AAGGGGUCCUAAUCUUCCAGGGCCCACUGGGCAGGCCUGCAAAAUAAGGCCCCUAGAAACUCCCUGAGGUUUGCAAGUCUUCUCCCGCUCCUCGGAAUUCCCCCCCCCUCAUUCGCAUUACUUUUAUUCUGACGGAAACGGCGCGGGCUAGGCCCCAGGAGGGGCGCUUUUCAGGUGCAACUGGCCCGGCGAUCGCGGUGGGCAACCCCUACGAGGCCCCCGGUUGACUGGGAGCUGACGGUCCGAGCUGUGGCUUUGGAAGACCCAGACGAUGAAGCCUAGACCCGCCCGGUUCGUGGAUAAUAAACUCAAGCAACGAGUCAUCCAGUACCUUACCGGUAACAAAUGUGGCAAAUAUGUGGACAUUGGAGUCUUAGCAUCUGAUUUACAAAGAAUGUACAGUAUAGACUAUGGUCGAAGAAAAAGAAAUGCUUUUAGGAUUCAGGUAGAAAAAGUAUUUAGCAUAAUUAGUAGUGAGAAGGAACUUAAGAAUUUAACAGAAUUAGAAGAUGAACAUUUAGCAAAAAGAGCAAGACAAGGUGAAGAGGACAAUGAGUAUACUGAAAGCUAUUCUGAUGAUGAUUCAAGUAUGGAAGACUACCCAGAUCCACAGUCAGCAAAUCACAUGAACAGUUCCCUGUUGUCUUUGUAUCGAAAAGGAAAUCCUGAUUCUGUUUCAAAUACUCCUGAGAUGGAGCAAAGAGAAACCACCUCUUCAACACCACAGAUAAGUUCCAAAACAGGCUCCGUUCCCUUGAAGACCCCUGCCAAAGAUUCUGAGGGAGGAUGGUUUAUUGACAAAACCCCAAGUGGAAAGAAGGACAGUUUUUUCUUGGACCUAUCAGAUGAGAAAAGUGAUCCUAAGAAGUCAAUAACUGAGAUACAGGGUUCAAAAGAUUCUUCUCUUUUGGAGAGUGAUAUGAAACGGAAAGGCAGGCUAAAGAAUAAAGGAAGCAAAAGGAAGAAAGAAGAUCUUCAGGAAGCAGAUGGAGAAAUUGAAGCUGUCCUGCAAAAGAAAGCUAAAGCCAGGGGGUUAGAAUUCCAGAUCUCCAAUGUGAAGUUUGAAGAUGUGGGAGGCAAUGAUAUGACGUUAAAAGAGGUCUGCAAGAUGCUCAUACACAUGCGUCACCCGGAGGUGUACCACCACCUGGGCGUCGUGCCCCCUCGUGGAGUUCUCCUUCAUGGGCCACCAGGCUGUGGGAAGACUUUACUUGCACAUGCAAUUGCUGGGGCUGAGUGCAGUGGCACGAUCACAGCUCAUUGCAGCCUUGACUUCUCAGGCUCAAGUGAUCCUCCUGCCUCAACCUCGCAGGAACUUGACCUGCCAAUUUUGAAAGUGGCUGCUCCAGAGAUUGUGUCUGGAGUAUCCGGAGAGUCUGAGCAGAAGCUGAGAGAACUAUUUGAGCAAGCUGUGUCAAAUGCACCAUGUAUCAUUUUCAUUGAUGAAAUUGAUGCUAUUACCCCCAAAAGAGAAGUUGCUUCAAAAGAUAUGGAACGAAGAAUUGUAGCCCAACUCCUAACCUGCAUGGAUGAUCUGAAUAAUGUGGCUGCUACAGCCCGGGUGCUAGUUAUUGGAGCUACUAAUCGACCAGACUCAUUAGACCCUGCUUUGAGACGUGCAGGAAGGUUUGACCGAGAAAUAUGCCUAGGUAUCCCAGGUGAAGCAUCCAGAGAAAGAAUACUUCAGACGUUGUGUAGAAAACUUAGGCUUCCUCAAGCUUUUGAUUUCUGUCACUUAGCACACCUAACUCCAGGCUUUGUUGGUGCUGAUCUGAUGGCACUGUGCCGAGAGGCAGCAAUGUGUGCAGUCAACAGAGUCUUAAUGAAGCUACAGGAACAGGAGAAGAAAGAUCCUGAAAUGGAAGAUUUGCCAUCUAAAGGAGUCCAGGAGGAAAGUCUGGGAACUGAAUCCACUUCUGAAACACAGGAUGAAUUACAAAGGCUGCUGGGGUUGCUAAGAGACCAAGAUCCCCUCUCAGAGGAGCAGAUGCAAGGCCUGUGCAUUGAACUGAAUGAUUUCAUUGUUGCUCUAUCCUCAGUCCAACCCUCUGCCAAAAGGGAAGGCUUUGUCACUGUCCCUAACGUGACAUGGGCAGAUAUUGGUGCCCUGGAAGACAUUAGAGAGGAGCUCACCAUGGCAAUAUUGGCACCAGUACGCAACCCAGACCAGUUCAAAGCUCUUGGAUUGGUGACUCCAGCUGGGGUCCUCCUUGCUGGUCCGCCUGGCUGUGGGAAGACUCUGCUGGCAAAGGCUGUUGCAAAUGAGUCUGGACUAAAUUUUAUAUCUGUCAAGGGCCCUGAAUUACUAAACAUGUAUGUUGGUGAGAGUGAACGUGCUGUGCGACAAGUUUUUCAACGAGCCAAGAACUCAGCACCCUGUGUGAUAUUCUUUGAUGAAGUGGAUGCUUUAUGUCCUCGAAGAUCAGACCAAGAGACAGGGGCAAGUGUCCGAGUGGUGAAUCAGCUACUUACAGAGAUGGAUGGUCUGGAAGCACGCCAGCAGGUUUUUAUUAUGGCAGCCACUAACAGGCCAGAUAUAAUUGACCCUGCAAUCCUGCGCCCGGGCCGCCUGGACAAAACACUGUUUGUGGGUUUACCACCCCCUACAGAUCGCCUUGCCAUCUUAAAAACUAUCACAAAAAAUGGUACCAAACCACCACUGGAUGCAGAUGUAAAUUUGGAAGCAAUUGCUGGUGACCUUCGCUGUGAUUGCUAUACGGGCGCAGAUCUCUCUGCUUUGGUAAGAGAAGCUUCUAUCUGUGCCCUGAGACAGGAAAUGGCAAGACAGAAGAGUGGAAAUGAAAAAGGUGAACUCAAGAUUAGUCAUAAGCAUUUUGAAGAAGCUUUCAAGAAAGUAAGAUCAUCUAUAUCAAAAAAGGAUCAAAUCAUGUAUGAACGUUUGCAGGAGUCCCUCAGCCGGUGACGUCUCCAGCAGCUGGCUUAGAGGAGCCCAUCAAGCUGGCAGAGAAUCCCCCACACGCUCUGAAGGACCUGCUUUCAGCUGGACACAGGUGCGGCCUCAUGUAAAUGCUUUAUUUUCAAGUGAAUGAGGCCAAGCUGAAGCUGAAGAUUCUUCCCAUCUGGCCAGCCUUGUGUGAAAAUGCCUUCUUCCUCUUUAAGAAAAGGAAAAUUUUUAAACUGCUGAAAUAAAAUGACUGUUACAUUUUUCAAAUAAAACUUUUACUUUGAA